ACCAGCAGACGACAUCCUUAGAAGAGCGAGGCGGGAAAAUUUCCCGAGGAACAAAAUCAUUUCGUGCAUGAGGAGGAAACUUAAUGACCGCUUCUAUCACCCUCUCUUGAACUAAGCCACUCUUUUAAAGGAGGUUAUUGUUUUCCAAUUUUUAAUUCUCUUCGUGGGAAAAUAUAUCUUGUGGAAUUUCUUAGACAAUCUCCGACAAACUUUUGAGGUUGCCAUUGGAUAUUCCUGGAUUUUUUUCUCUCAAAAGAUCGAUCAGGAUGAAUUGUUGGGUUUUUGACUGGGUAUAUCUCGUUCUUUGUCUCGUUAUAUACGAGACCGUUGGAGUUCCCCGCAAACCCGCCCUUCGUUUCCCCCGUCAAAUACCAAAUCCAGAGCUAUUUCAAGGCCGGAUAAUCAUCGGAUCAACGGCUUUUACCGAGCCGAUUAGCAACAGCAAAUGUGCCCAAGAAGUCGCAUCUUCGGAUACCGCGUUCCCAGGGUCAAUGUACAGAAAUUGUACAAUGGCUCCGAAAACUACACCACCGGCCCCCAUAUUUAGACGAGUAUCGGCUCCUGGAAUGCCCUAUUUCAUCACACACAACGUGCAAGUUAUGAUUCGAGUCAACGAAGGCGGUAAUGCUCAUUUCAAAUGCCGAGUUGCUGAUCUAGGGGACUAUCCUGUUGUCUGGUAUAAGAACAACAAAGGAAUAAGAAGUCUCAUCGCCUUUGGACCAUCGAUAGUGGAUCAAUCGCGACACUAUAUCAAAGAUGGCGACUUUUUCAAUUCGACCUUUGACCUUCGACUGAGAAAAGUUAGAAGGUCGGACGAGGACAUCUACGCGUGCUCUAUUCAGACGACCCCGCCCACAGAGCUGAAUUUUACUCUACUUGUGUCAUAUCCGGCAUCGGUUAGAAGGAUCCUUCCCAGCGAGGCGCCCUACUGGAGUCCCGCCGAACCCAACCGGGUCUACUUUAACGAAUCAUCGAACGGGACACUCACGUGCCUCGUCGAUGGAUCCCCGGCCCCCAUUGUGACGUGGUGGAAAAAGGAUAGGCCUAGCCGGAUGACCAAGGCCAAUCACCUGAUUAUUGCGGCCAGUGAUAACAUUACCUUGUUAAAUAUAUCCCGCGAGCAGAGUGGACAGUACGUUUGCGACGCUGAGAAUGGAGUAUCGGGUCGUGACCCCCCUGACAGCAGGGUCAUUGAUGUCGUGGUUCAGUAUGCUCCCGAAGUACAGACCCUUUCUCCAGACAUUCGCGUCGGGGAAGGGAAGUAUCUUCUGCUCCAGUGCAACGUGAAAGCUGUACCGAAAGCCAGAUUCUAUUGGAUGAAAGACAAUAAAAACCUUACGCUUACAUCACAGAGUUCAGAUAACAGACUCGUCAUAAUAUCAUUGGAUCCGAGACGGGAUUAUGGAAACUACACAUGCGUGGCAUACAAUCGACUGGGAUCAUCAAAUACCACUAUUCAAGUCAGUGGACGCCCUCUGGCCCCUCAUGUUACCAGUAGUUUCCAUGGCACUCGCCGUCACAUCUACACAUUACGAUGGACACCUGGAGCUAAUCUUCAAGAGGCACUUCAGGACACCAUAGAGAUCGAAGCAUAUGAUAUUUACUACAGAAAAACAUGGAUUGAGGACGUAAAUGGACGAAGCAGCGUACGAUUCUAUCCAGAGCAGCCCUUAGCAGACACCGUGUAUCCUCGUCCCGACGCCUGGUCGGCCCAACAAACUUUCAUUCUCCGUGACCUCUCGGACGACAGCACCUACGAAGGACAGAUAUGUCCAAGGAACAUGUACGGCACUGGAGACUGUGCAGACUUCAAAUUCAGGACAAGACUCGAGGAUAUUGUUACCACUCUCCCACCCGAAGCAAGGCAAACGAUGCAGGAUACAGGUGGUAACUCCGGACUAUGGACGGCCAAAUCUGAUCAGUGGAGAUCGAGCGCACAUGUGAUAGCGCCCUCAUUGUUCGUAGCUCUCAGCGCUUCCUUUAUUUCGUCGCAUUUGUGUUCUCAUUAGAAAAAAAAUAUCUAACUUUAAAGAAGAAGUAAAGAUGAUUAUAGCACCUCUUUAGCUUUACUAUUUUGUGAAAUUUAGCCUAUUAGUUUGGUUACCAGAAAACGAAGAUUAUAAUGGAGAAUUAGUGCCUAGUUAAAAUCAUGCAUAUAAUGCAAGAAUCAAUUACAUGUUUUUGACCAUCAGUCGAAUGUAGGUAAACCACAUUAAUCUACAAUUAGCAUAUUGUUUUCAGUGCUUUUUUAGACUGCAAUUUAUGCUAAACUUACUAUAACAACUUUUGCAAGUAUCCAAUCAUAGUUAUUUAUUAAUCGUACGAAUGCUGGGAGUUCUAGCAUGCAACAGUUAACAUGGUAUUUUCUUUUAAUGAUUACCUUUUUGUGUGUUACGAAGCCCUUAACUUUGAUUCUUAUGAGCCUUUUAUUUUUAACUGUAUUUAUUUUAUUUAAAAACAUAUUUCAUAUUUCAAAUGGAUUGCUUGAAUCAGGGUACUGAACAAUAGAUCUUUAUAUAAAGUAUGAUAUUCCAAAAAGUAAUUAUUUUGGGAGAAUGAACUGUAGAUGUGUUCCAAAGAAAACCUUCGUAUGGUAAAUUUACCAUGCCGCGAGAUACACGUCACUGUCUGUUUUAUUUUUUUCGCCGUCUUUUAGAAUAUGAAUUCAAGCAAAUCUACGGCAGUUUGCCUGCCAUUUUUCACCAUCUCAUAUGACAUGAUUUAAUAAGAUGAAGUUUAAAAUUGAUAAAGUACAAUUUUUUUUGGUAAGUUCAUUUUACAUAUAUAUGCACCUCAAAUAGGCAUGCUUCAAACGUCUAUGACAUGGACCUAAAUAAUUUUGAUCUAGAAAGAGUUUGAAUGAGAAUGUCUGCGCCGUGAUGUAAUUGUGUGCGUGUGCGCAUGUGGGUGGUAGUGUUAUGCACCACGCUGAGUGUAUGAUGUCUGCUUUUUGAUAAUGGGUUGAAAUUUUCGUAUGCUGUAAAACGCGACGAACGCUUUGUACAUUGAUACCUGCUUAUAGAUCGGCAAUGCCUUGGCGUUAACGGUUAAAUGGCAGGAAGUAUUGGAAAAAAGUCAUGUAAUAUUUGUAUAAUUAUGCCUCUGUUAAUAAAUCGUCACUGAAAAUAACAUUAUUGUAAAUAUGACAUAACUGUACGCUUUAAUUUUCUACUGAAUUUAACAGGGAGAUUAAGAACAGAUGUUUGUUUGCAAAUUCAGUUAUUAUAUGUGUAUAUAAUGAUUAUCACAAAAAAAUAUAUACCUAUAUAGUGUAAAAUCUGAUGUCUUAAAAUUUGAAUAUACGUAUUGGCCUACACUCGAAAUAUUUAUAUCGUUUGUAUUGUGAUGUCAAAAGUUUUGUCCAUUCCAACAAGUUAAUUUUAACAUACAAAGGAAUACCAGGUAGGGAAAAUACUAACAAUUUCUUCAAAAUUAGAAUUCAAAGUUUAGCAAGUAGGGGGAAAUUAAACCUCGCUUGAUUUUUUUUUAGGAAAACAUGGCAUGCAUAUCACUGAUUUUUCAAAUAAGUAAAUCUAAAAAAGUUAAAUCAGAUUGUCUUUACUUUACAUCGGAUUUCGAUAAAAUUGUUAAUGUUUUGUUGCAUUUUUCCUCUAUUUAUUCAAAUCUACUCUUUUGUUGGGUUGGCCUGACUUUCAAUAUUUUCUAGAAUGUAUCUGUACUUAUUCGUAUUCAAAUAUGACUUAGAUAGCAUAUUCAAUGUAAGGCAAUUAUGUGUAGCAUGUUUGCCAAGAAACAUAGUUCCAAAGAUUGUUUACAUGAUACUUUAACGAUAAUGCAAUGUAGCGUAGAUAUUAAGAAAAUUAACGAAAAGAGCGCAUGCGCCACAAUAAAAUUUGAUGCACUUCUUCACCGCAAUCUUAAUAGCGAAAUAUUAAAAUGAUCUUGAUGAUUUAAACGCAAACAUGCAGAACUGAAAGUCUUAUAUUUAUUGUUUAGUUGAUAACAGGGAUUUCUCUCUCUCUCUCUUAAUCAUGGUAAGGUAAAUUUAAUCAUAUUUGUUAUUCAUCAAUUAUUGAAUUCCAAAGAAUAGAAAUAAAUUGUAAGUUGUAACAAUUACAGUAAAUAAUACAAUUAUGAAUCUGCUAAACCUAUUUUUUUUAUUGUAUUUUAUUUGUAUUCUGAGUAAUCAGCAAAAAAAAUCUUGAAUUUGUAGGUUCAAAUGAAAGAAGAGAUAAAGAGGGGGAAAGAAAAUAAUUCUGAAAAUAGAGUAGGAUGUGGAGAAUAGGUAGAAGAGACGAUGAAGAAGG